CAUACAUCUCCAAAUCCUAUCUUCACCUCUCCCCCCAUUCCAAAGAAGGAAACAUAGAAAAAAAACAAUGCAUUCAUCGUCUUCAAGAAGGAAGGAUUCAUGUGAUAAUGAUCCAGCAGCCAAUUCAGUGAUAGUUGGUCUACCUCUCUCCUCUCUCUUGUUCUUCAAAUCCACAACUACCAAUCAUUUCCAAAGAAUCGUCACCGAAUCGUCCAACACUUUGAUUCGCAACCUCCGCAAUUCCAUUCAUAAAUGCCUCAAUUUUCUCCAAAAUCCCCUUUUCACCAAAUGGCAUUCUGAAUAUCACAACUUCUGCCAGAUUAACUGCAGAAAGCAGAGGAAUUUGAAAUCUCUAUCGAAUCACGAUUUUGCUGCCAUUAUCCCAGGAGAUUCUGUAGCAGGGCUUGUUGUGUCUAAUGGUGUUCUAAAUUUCUUGAACAUCUACAACACAUUGUUGGUUGUGAGGCUAGUUCUCACCUGGUUUCCCAACACUCCUCCAGCCAUUGUGAGUCCCCUCAGCACUUUAUGUGACCCCUACUUGAACAUCUUCCGUGGGGUUAUCCCACCGCUUGGAGGGACUUUGGAUCUCUCUCCUAUACUGGCAUUCCUUGUGCUAAAUGCCUUAACCAGCACUGCUUCGGCACUUCCUGCGGAGCUUCCAGUUCCAUCCACAGAUCAAAAGGGCUCUUCACGCCCAUCUUUUCACACAGCAUUAUCUCACCUUACCUCAUCCCAGAAGAAAUGGAUGAAAAGGUUCAGUACAAAUAGGUCCAGUGACUCGAGCAUUGAUGACUAAUUCAUGGAACAACUUCUUUUGAUUUGGAAACUUGUAUUGACAGCCUUUCUGGUGUACAAUAUUUUGUAUUUUGUAAAGUCUCAAGUCAUAUAUCUGAUUGUGGUACUGUUCUUUCAUGUUAAAAGUACGUACUUGUAUCAUAUAUUUGAGGCGACGAAUAAGAUGGUGAAGUAGUUAUACC